AGUACCUUUCUCAUCUCUAAGCUCUCAGCUAUGGAGCCUCAUUGCCUAAUUCGAAUAUUUUUCUCUCUCAGUUUGAUGCUGAUGACAACCCAUGCUGCCUUACCUCCGGAAAUUUACUGGAAAAUGAUGCUUCCAAGUACUCCCAUGCCAAAAGCAAUCGUAGAGCUACUGAGAGGAGAUGUGAGCAUGAGGAAGAGUGCCGAUACCUAUAAUCAAUCAAAAGACGAACUCUCAAAACUUGGUGCUAAGAAGAUUUUAUCAGAAGAUAAUUUAUUUUGGCUUCAUGCGGGUAAAGCAACUCAAUCAAAAGAUCAACUUCUCAUUUCGAGCCUUGGUGUUAAGGAGAUCCCAUCAGAAGAUAAUUUAUUUUGGCUUCAUGCGGGUAAAGCAACUCAAUCAAAAGAUCAACUCCUAAUUUCGGACAUUGGUGCUAAGGAGAUCCCAUCAGAAGAUAAUUUAUUUUGGCUUCAUGCGGGUAAAGUAACUCAAUCAAAAGAUCAACUCCUCAUUUCGGACCUUGGUGCUAAGGAGAUCCCAUCAGAAGAUAAUUCAUUUUGGCUUCAUGCUGAUAAAGCAACUCGACCAAAAGAUCAAGUUCUCAUCUCAAACCUAGGUACUAAGGAGAUUCCAUCAGAAGAUAAUUUAUUUUGGCUUCAUGCUGGUAAAGCAACUCGAUCAAAAGAUCAAGUCCCCAUCUCAAACCUAGGUACUGAGGAGAUUCCAUCAGAAGAUAAUUUAUUUUGGCUUCAUGCUGGUAAGGAGACUCGGUCAAAAGAUCAACUCCUCAUUUCAGACCUUGGCACUAAGGAGAUUCCAUCACAAGAUUCACUUUGGAUUUCUGCUAGCGAAGAGGCCCAAUCAAAAGAUGAAAUCUUCAUCUCAAACCUUGAUGCUAAGGAGAUUAUUCCAUCACAAGAGAAUUCAUUUUGGAUUUCCUAUAGUAAAGAGACUCAACUACCCAGUAACGCAAAUGGUCUUGAAAAUCCUGGUUCUAGUAACCAUCACUUGCAUGAGGUUUCAUCACGCGCAAGUUUCUUCCUAGAAGAUCAACUUCAUUCAAGCAACAAAUUUUACAUGCUCUUGAAUAAGAUAAGAUCUGCAGCCCCAUUGUUGCCUCGCCAAAUUACACAGCAAAUACCAUUCUCACUAGACAAGAUGAAAGAAAUAUUGGAGAUGCUUUCUAUAAAACCCAACUCAAGGAAUGCUGAGAUUGUGGAGGAAACCAUUGGUAUUUGUGAAGCUCCUGCAAUGGAUGGAGAGGAAAAAUACUGUGCAACUUCAUUGGAAUCCAUGAUAGAUUUCGCCACUUCUAAGCUUGGCAAUAACGUGCAUGCUAUGUCAACAAAUGUGCAAAAAGAAACUAAACUACAAAAUCUUUUAGUGAAAGAUGGAGUAAAGAAUUUAGCAGAUGGUCAUGUUAUUGCUUGUCAUCCCAUGACAUAUCCGUAUGUUGUCUUUGGUUGUCAUGAAUUACACAAGACCAGCGCAUAUUAUGUGCCCCUGGAAGGAGAAGAUGGGGUUAGAGUCAAAGCAGUUGCGGUAUGCCACAAAGACACAUCAAAAUGGGAUCCAAAUCAUGUGGCUUUUCAAGUGCUCAAAGUCAAACCUGGAACGGUUCCAGUGUGUCAUUUCUUCACUGAGGGCCAUGUUCUUUGGCUUUCCAAGUAGAGUACUUAAAUUUGAUUUGUAGUAAUGAUAUUGAGAUAUAUAGACAAAGCAGAUACUCAGUAUACACUUCAUUUUUCUCUUUA